UUCCCCAGCUUGAUCACACACCAAAACUCAAAUUUCUUUUAAUUUUAUAUUCUUUGUUAAAUUUCUUGUAUUGAAUUACUCUUUGCAAUCAAACUUUUACUUCACCAUGUCUGAGGAGAAGCACCACCACCACCUCUUCGGCCGCCACAACAAGGACGAGGACAGGCCGGUCGACGAAGGCGCCGUCUACUCCGAGACCACCGCCUACAGCACUGAUAAUGCUUACGGUGGCGAUGGAACCACCGCCUACUCCGACAAUGCUUACGGUUCUAGCGGGAACACCGCCUACUCCGAGACUGCUUACGGCGAGGUGCCUCCGCGGUCUGACUAUGGUGAUCAGCGGAAGGAGGACGUUGAUUACAAGAAGGAGGAGAAGCACCACAAGCAUCUUGAGCACCUAGGCGAGCUCGGAACUGCUGCAGCCGGUGCUUACGCUUUGCAUGAGAAGCACAAGGAGAAGAAGGACCCAGAGCAUGCACACAAGCACAGGAUCGAGGAGGAGAUUGCUGCGGCGGCUGCUGUUGGAGCCGGAGGAUUCGCCUUCCAUGAGCACCAUGAGAAGAAAGAGACCAAGGAGGAAGAGGAAGAGGCUCAUGGCAAGAAGCACCACCAUCUCUUUUAAGUGUUGCUUACUUGCUUAGUGAAUUAAUUAUUGUUAAUUUUCUGUAUUUUGUGUUAUGUUUGUUUGUUAAUUACGUAUGUAUGUACGUAUCUGUGUACCAGUAAGCAACUGCCCUAAAUAAUUCUGUGUGUUUGGGUCACUUUGUGAGUGCUCUACUGGGGGUGAUUUGAGCAUUUGCCCUUUGUUAUGUGAUGUUUAUAAUAAUGAUAUUUCAGAUGUUUUUAUU